AUGACCAACAGAAGUGGAGAAUGCAAUUUUACAGACAUUGACAGUUUAGCAAAGAGCCUGCGGUUGGGGAUCUCCAUCCCCACCUUCAUUCUCGGGCUGGUUCUCAAUGCCUUGGCCCUCUCCGUCUUCUGCUGCUUUUGGAAGAAACAGACCAAAACCUCAGUUUACAUGAUCAACCUCGCUCUUGCAGAUGUCUUGCUGCUCCUCUCGCUCCCGCUGAAGCUGUACUACUCUAUCACAGAAGCACCUGGUCUCCUGUGCUCGUUCAUACAGUCUCUUUAUUUUGUCAACAUGUACGGCAGUAUCUUCAUCAUCGUCUGCAUCACCAUUGACAGAUAUAUCUGCAUCAGGAACCCAUUUGAAGGUCGAGCUAACCAAUCCCCCAGAUGGGCUAUCUUGAUUUGCUGCUUCAUCUGGGCAGUAGCUUGGCUUUGCAGCAGCCCCCUGUACGUGUUUCAGAAGAAAGACUCUUUUAAAUGCUUUCACAACAUGUCAGAACAGGCGUGGAGCACCCCCCUCAUUGUUUCUGUGGAAAUCUUUGGAUUUCUGAUCCCACUCGCAGUGAUGGUUUUCUGCUCUGCCCAAAACAUCUGGAUUCUGCUGAAUCACAAAAGCCAAGCUAAAAAGAAGGUGGAAGACAGUGGCUCCUUACGAGUCAUUAUCAUCAACCUUGUGAUGUUUUUGGUGUGCUUCACACCCUUCCACCUCGCAAUCUGCCUACAGUGCCUGGUAAGACAGCACGUGAUAGUGGACUGCAGUCUGCAACAAACCAUCAGCCUCUUCAUUCAGGUGUCGAUGAUAUUAGCCAACCUGAACUGCUGCCUGGAUGCCAUCUUUUAUUACUUUGCUGCAAGAGAGUUUCGUAAGAAAACGCACCUGAAAAAGGUUAUUGAACUAUGCCCUGUCUUUAAGCCUUGUGCCACAUGA